AUGGCCAAACUUACAUUUAGGAAUGGAGCAUUGGCUCUUGUUGUGGCAUUGUUGGUUGUGGGAUUAGCUGAAAGCCGAAAGUUGGAGAAGGAGACGCUUGGUGGAGGUUUAGGAGGCGGAGGUGGGUUUGGAGGUGGAGGUGGUUUAGGUGGGGGUGGUGGAUUAGGAGGCGGAGCGGGAGGAGGAGGUGGUUUAGGUGGGGGUGGUGGAUUAGGAGGCGGAGGUGGUUUAGGAGGCGGAGCGGGAGGAGGAGGUGGUUUAGGAGGCGGAGCUGGAGGAGGAGGUGGGUUAGGAGGCGGAGGUGGAGGUGGAUUAGGAGGCGGAACUGGCGGAGGAUUUGGAGGUGGUAAGGGAGGUGGAUUUGGAGGCGGAGUAGGAGGUGGAGCUGGUGGUGGUGGUGGAGCCGGAGGUGGAUUUGGAGGUGGUAAGGGAGGUGGAUUUGGAGGCGGAGCUGGAGGUGGAGCUGGUGGAGGAGCAGGAGGUGGAUUUGGUGGUGGUAAAGGAGGUGGAUUUGGAGGCGGAGCUGGCGGUGGAGCUGGUGGGGGAGCAGGAGGUGGAUUUGGAGGUGGUAAGGGAGGUGGAUUUGGAGGUGGAGCCGGUGGAGGAGCAGGAGGUGGAUUUGGAGGCGGAGCUGGUGGUGGUGGUGGAUCUGGUGGUGGAUUUGGAGGUGGUAAGGGAGGUGGGUUUGGAGGAGGAGUAGGAGGUGGUGGUGGAGCAGGAGGUGGAUUUGGAGGUGGCCAUGGAGGCGGAGCAGGAGGCGGUUUUGGAGGAGGCAAAGGAGGUGGAUUCGGAGUCGGAGCUGGUGGUGGUUUUGGAGGUGGAGCAGGUGGAGGAGGAGGCUUUGGUGGUGGCAGAGUCUAA